GCCCAAUCUUUGUCCGAACACGUCGCAUAAGCAACCUAUCACGAGGUCAAGGCACCUACGCUCUUUCUCUCGCUCAAUCCCACGGAAUGCUUCCCGUUUUGCCGGCUUGAAUAUCGUCGGUGGAUGGUGAAUCACAUCUCGACAUCUGACCUACCUUCGAAAGAAAAGCAAAGGCGUCUACACGCGGUGCUAUCCGCGGCAUCCCCUAUUGACGUACAAAAGUGCAUCAUACCUCUAAUCGGAAUGUAUAAAUCGUGAGGAAAUCCUGGAUUCAAAGCUCGAUUUUUGAUUUCAAGUGCACAAAUCUCAAUUCUUCAAGACAACGUUCUCCACAAAUCUCCACCCCACUCUCAUCACCCCUCCAGACCUCAGUAAACUCACACCUUCAACUUUACCCUUCAACCACCAAACCAUGGCCUCACUACCCUUCAACAUCUUCCCCUCAUCCUCCGCAACAGCCCCCUCCGCCUCCAGUACCUCCUUCUCCAUCACCUCACCAUGGAACACCCCCACCGACAUCUGGCGCAAACCCGCCAACCCAACCUCAGCCGGGAAAGAAGUCCGGACGUUCAACUCUCCCAUGAUCUUCAAGAAAGUGGAUAUCCAGAAAUUCAAAAGGGUCGGAGUUACCGUCAAAGCUAAUUGGGAGAGACUUUACGACCAAGGCGGUCUCGCCCUAAUUCUCUCACCUCCCAAUUCUUCGAUCACCGAAAUCCACGAACCCUCCCUAAAAUGGAUCAAAGCCGGCAUCGAAUUCUACAACUCCCGCCCCUUCAUUGGCCACGUCGCCUGCGAGAAAUGGGCCGACUGGUCCCUCACCCAAGCGGGCAUCACGCCCGACGGGAACGUGACCAUUGAGAUGGAGCGCGAUGCAGAGGCGGGCACGCUGUGGAUUUACGCCAUUGGGGAGAAGGGGGACAGGAUCCCGGUUAGAGAGGUUACGUGGGUUUUUGCCGACGAGGAGUUGAGUGCUGGGAGGGAGGUUUGGGUUGGGGCGUAUGCUUGUACGCCGAUUUUGGAGGGGAGGGAGAGUGAAAAAGAUGGGUUGACGGUAAGGUUUGAGGGGUGGGAGUUGGAUGUUGAGGCGUGAGUUUGAGGUUAGUUAGGUUUAAAAGAUCGUGGUUGGUGGGAACAUGACUUUGAGAAAGAAGAUAUCUUGAUACGCGAAGGAAUUGUGCACUGAGAGGUGCUCGAAAAUAACGAGGAUUACAUUUAAUAGAGACUCUCACACAAGAUCCAGGCUACCAGCUCACUUGAUCAGUGGUAGUAUUUGCGUGGCUGACG